GAUACUAUUAGCCGUAGUUCCAUCUCUAGAAUCUAUCGCCGCGUUGUGUUUUUUUUGCUCCUACAGAUUUUCAUCGUGUUUUUCCUGACAGUUUUCCGAAUUAACCACGCGACAUGGGAGAAAGCGACGCCGAAAGCGAUUCGAGCAGUAAUUCCAGCAGCAGCGGCUCGUCCAGUGGGAGCGACAGCGACGCCAGGAGCGAAUCCUCAUCCGCAAGUAGCGGGAGGCAGGAAGAAGAAGCAGCGCGGGUGAAAUCCUCCAAAGAUUCGAGUAAAACUAACAAGAAGGAUAAAGCGGUGGAGAAUGAUGGAGAAAAAGGAGCCAAAAAGGAUGAGGAUAGCAUCCCGCGCGCAGAAACUUUAGCGGAAACCGAUUCUAAGCCAGCUUCCCAUUCUGAUGGCGUGGAAAAGCGGCAAGAAGAAGAACCAGCAGCAGCUGCGACAGCGGAAAGUGACAAAUUAAAUGAAGCGGAAAAAACGGUAGAAACACCUGUCCAACAGAAAGGGGAAACAGAAGCUACAGGUGUGACUAAUGAGCUAGAAAAACCGAAGGCCCAAGAAGAGCACUCUGUAAAAGAAGCAGAAGAAAGCAGGGAAAAAGAGGAAGAGCAGCCGGUAACCACCAAUGGAAGCAGUAAGGAAUCGCCUACGGAAUCAGCUGCUGGUACAGUGGAAUCACCCAGCGCGGAUAACCACAUUGAGGAGGGCGAAAUAACCGAUAAAGACGAUGAUGAUGUGCCGCCUGCCAAGGAAAGUGAGAAACCAGCUGCCGACAAGAAAAGUCCAUCCAGGGACAACCAACGCCACCGAAGUCGUAGUCAGGAUGAGAAGCGCCGCCGUCCUCGAUCCUCCAGCAGGAGUCCUUCGCCCCGUAACCGCCGCCGUCGUCGCUCGAGGAGCAAGAACAGUAGAACCCGCAGCCGCAGUGCCAGUCCACGCCGUAGGUCCAAUUCAUUGGAGAGGAGGCGCCUGGAGCGACAGAGACGUCACGAGGAGCGCGACAAACGGGAUGAGGAAAGAGCCAAGGAGCGUGGAAAGCGCCACCAAAAGCGCGGCAAAUCCAGCAGCAGGCGAAGAGAUGAUUCUAGGGAGAGGAAGAGGUCUUCCGAUCGCAAACGAGAUCGUUCCACCUCGAGUCCAGGAUCCAAAUCAUCGAAAACUGCACGCAAUCCGGAACCAACUAAUGCUGAUAAUGAAACCGUAACCGAGCCGGCUGCCAAAAUAACCGAGCGUCAAAGAAAGACAGUGGAUGUUCUGACCUCUAGGACAGGAGGAGCCUAUAUUCCGCCAGCCAAGCUGCGGAUGAUGCAGUCACAGAUUACGGAUAAGGCAUCCGCAGCCUACCAGAGAAUCGCUUGGGAGGCCCUCAAGAAAUCCAUCCACGGUUAUAUCAACAAAGUGAAUGUAACCAACAUAGCAAUCAUCACCAGGGAGCUUUUGAGAGAGAAUAUCGUGCGUGGAAGGGGACUACUCAGCAGGAGUAUUAUCCAAGCACAGGCUGCUUCGCCCACUUUCACCCAUGUCUACGCCGCUCUGGUGAGCAUUAUAAACUCAAAGUUUCCGAAUAUAGGCGAGCUCCUCCUCAAACGUCUGGUCAUCCAAUUUCGUAGAGCGUUCCGCCGCAAUGACAAGUUGGUUUGCAUGUCGGCCACUAGAUUCAUUGGCCAUUUGGUCAACCAGCGUGUGGCCCAUGAAAUUCUGGCCCUAGAGAUCCUUACCCUGCUGGUGGAGACGCCUACGGAUGAUUCCGUUGAGGUGGCCAUCGCUUUUCUCAAGGAGUGCGGCAUGAAGCUGACUGAGGUUUCCUCCAAAGGCAUCGGGGCCAUCUUCGAGAUGCUGAGGAACAUCCUGCACGAGGGAAAGUUGGACAAGCGAGUGCAGUACAUGAUUGAGGUGCUGUUCCAGGUGCGCAAGGAUGGCUUCAAGGACCAUCAGGCUGUUGUUCCGGAACUGGAACUCGUAGAAGAGGACGAUCAGUUCACGCAUCUUAUGAUGCUAGAUGAAGCCACCGAAACUGAAGAUAUUCUAAAUGUUUUUAAAUUUGACGACAACUACGCGGAGAACGAAGACAAAUACAAAGGACUGAGCCACGAGAUCUUGGGCAGCGAUGAUGGCAGCAGCUCAGGGUCAGGUUCCGGAUCGGACUCGGAUAGCGACUCGGACGGAGAGUCUGGAUCGGAUGCGGAAACAAAAAAAAACGAAGCUGGCGACAUUAUCGACAACACAGAGACCAAUCUGAUUGCCCUGCGACGCACAAUUUACUUAACCAUCAACUCCAGUUUGGAUUACGAAGAGUGUGCCCACAAGCUGAUGAAAAUGCAACUGAAACCCGGUCAGGAAAUAGAGCUCUGUCAUAUGUUUCUCGAUUGCUGUGCGGAACAGAGAACAUAUGAGAAGUUCUAUGGACUUUUGGCCCAGCGGUUCUGCAAUAUCAACAAGAUCUACAUACCGCCCUUUGAGGAAAUCUUCAAAGACACCUAUCAAACUACCCACAGAUUGGAUACGAAUCGCUUGAGAAACGUCAGCAAAUUCUUCGCCCAUCUCCUGUUUACCGACGCCAUCAGUUGGGAUGUGCUGGAGUGCAUCCAACUGAACGAGGAUGACACCACAUCGUCGAGCAGGAUCUUCAUUAAAAUCCUGUUCCAGGAACUCGCUGAAUACAUGGGACUGGGUAAACUGAAUACAAAACUCAAGGAAGACGUUUUGGUUGAAAGCCUGGCGGGGUUGUUCCCCAAGGAUAACCCAAGGAAUACACGCUUCUCCAUCAAUUUCUUCACCUCAAUUGGUUUGGGCGGACUGACUGAUGAUUUGAGAAGAUUCUUGAAGAAUGCUCCCAAGGCUGUGCCCGCCAUAAAUGCCGAAAUCCUGGCCAAUUCUGGAGGAAACCCAUUUAGAGACGGCUCUGCUCCCUCUGGAAAUUCAAAGGUAGCUCAACCUUCGGCCUCCUCAUCGUCUUCAUCUUCGGAAUCCAGCAGCGAUGACUCCAGCGAAGAAGAAUCAGAAUCUUCUAACGAAUCUUCGAGCUCAGACUCCAGCUCAGAACCCCAGAAGAAACGCAAACGCAAAGACAAGGGCAAAAAGAAAUCCAAAAAAGGAAGUAAGGAUAAAGCCAAGAAGGCUAAGAACAAAAAGGCCGAAAAGAAAAAGAAGGCGGAGAAGGAGAAGGAGAGGGAACGGGAACGGGAAAAGGAGAAACAGAGAAAAAAGGAAAAAGAGAAAAAGCGCGAGAAGGAGAAAAAGAAGGCCGAGAAAAAGAAAUCAAAGCACAAGAAGAAACGAGAAGAGAGUUCGAGUUCCAGCAGCAGCGAAGAAAGCGAGAAGACAUCAUCAGAAUCUUCGUCCGCCAGUUCUUCCAGUGAGGAAAGCGACGAGGAACCUCAGGCGAAGAUCAAGCGACAGGAGCAGAUUCAAAGAAACAACAAAUUCCGAGGGCAACCGCAAGAUAGUGACGAAUUCAAUCUGGAAGGUCCUGAUUCUCGUAGAACCGAUCGUUAUCAAUCUAAUGGAAAUGGUAACAGACGAAAGGAUAACUCCUUCGAAAGAGAACGAAUUCCGAGAAACCGGGAUAAUUCCUCUUUUGAUAAAGAAAGAAACCGGGAUAGUUCAUACGACAGAGAAAGGAGGAAACAAAAUGAACCGCAAAGAAAGCGAGAUAGAUCCCCAUCUUAUGAGAAACCGCGCAGAAGAGAGAAUUCUUCUCCACGAGAAAGACGCGUCGAGAAGAGCAGUCGCGGUGAAAAGGACAGCCGACGUGAACAGCGUUCCUCCAGAGACGAGAGGCCAGAUCGUGGUGAAAAAUCAGAGCGCAGUGGGCGCAACAAGGAUCGUGAACGUGAUCGUGACAAGGAGCGGGAACGUGACAGGGAACGUGAUCAGAAGAGACAACGGGAACGUGAAAGAGGGCGCGUUCAAUCCCGUGAACGUGACCGAUCCCGUGACCGCCCGCGAAGAGAGCGCAGUUCGCACCGUUCCAAGGGGCGUGGCUAAAACUGCAGACUGGAAACCAACCGACACUGAAAAAUUAAAGGCAUACAAUUAUUUUGUGUUAAAUAUUUUAGUUUAACUUGUGUACAAAGAAAAACCCACUAAGCUGAUACAACAAAAAAUAAAUGUACAAAACGUAACUAUCAAAAAUACAUUUUAUAUGUUUUAUUAAAACAAAUAUCCACAGCUCCUAAUGCAUUUUCUAUGCAUUUUAAU